AUGGUUGUAAGAUCACUCGAUGUGGAUGAGGACCCUUUCCAUCAUCGGGAAGAUGAUGAAGAAAUUCUUUGUUCGGAAGUAUCAUAUUUAAGUGCAAUUGGGGCAUUGAUGUAUCUUGCUAGUCAUACAAGACCUGCCAUAUCAUUUUCUGAAGGUUUAGUUGAUUUUGCAGAUGCAGGAUAUUUAUCUGAUCCUCAUAUUGGUCGAUCACAAACUGGAUAUCUAUUCACAUGUGGAGGUACUGCCAUAUCUUGGGGUACUAUGAAGCAAAUUAUUGCAGCUACUUCUUCUAAUCAUUAUGAGAUUUUAGCAAUCCAUGAGGCUAGUCGUGAAUGUGUAUGGCAUUCAACAUAUAAGAGAAGAUUGUGGUUUAACCUCCGGGAAAGAGGCACCAAUAACUUUAUAUGA